UUUUACGACUGUUUCAUUCACCUCCCGCAGAAAAUAGGGGUGUCGAAUCUGCCCUAUAACCUCCGCUAUAUUUAUUACAAUUUUAAAGAUCGAAGAUGAAUCAUUUAUGAUAAUUGUGGAUUAAUUCGUGUAAAGCUGGUUCUAAGUGAUGUUGUGUAAGAUCGCCCGUGUUCUUGUGAUCAUUGUGUAGUGAUUUUAAAAAUUAAACAUGGCCUCAAACCGAGGAAUUCAGAUCGGAUCCGCGUGGUUUCAACGGAAGCUGAACCUGAGGCCGCAGCACCGCGGCGUGCACCUGGUGACCGAGGAGAUCCUCAAGCAGGUGCCGGAGCUGUCGCAGUUCGCGGUCGGCCUGUGCCACAUCCAGAUAAUGCACACGUCGGCGAGCCUGGCGCUCAACGAGAGCUGGGACCCGGACGUGCGCGACGACAUGGAGAUGAUGCUGAACAAGAUCGUGCCCGAGGGCCUGCAGUACCGCCACUCCUGCGAGGGGCCCGACGACAUGCCGGCGCACGUGAAGGCGUGUUUCCUGGGAUCGUCGCUCACCAUCCCCAUCACGGACGGCAAGCUCAACCUCGGCACGUGGCAGGGCGUGUGGCUCUGCGAACACCGGAAUCACGCAGGCAGCCGAAAGAUCGUGGUGACCCUGUCGGGCUGCCCGCGCGACUCGCCGCUGUCGCCCGUGUCGCCGGCGUCGUGCUCCAGUUAGGAGCGGGCGGGGGGUGCGGCCCCCUCGCACACCCCGCACUCGCACUCCACUCCAGACUCUCCUCCAAGAGCACCCGGAGGUAGGCGCCCCGCCCCGUGCCACACCUUUUAUAUCCCCACACUAUAGCUGAUAAUUCUUAUUCUAUCUUCGAUGCGACAAUAUGUACAUAAGAUAACUAAUAUUGUAACCCGCGCCGCGCCAGUCCUGCCGCGGGGUUUGUAUAGUAUCUUCGAUGUAGGAAUUGAGUAAGACCACGAGUGUCCCGCGGCAGGCGGCGCCGCGCGGGAAUAGAAUGCCCUAUCGAUGUUACGUUCGGUCAAAUUGAACUGAACCCGUUGAACUUGUACAUAUAAUUAUGUGCGCCAGUUUUAAUGUAUACAAAGUGGUUGUUGUUUUGUUAUGGACUUGUCGAUAUGUACAGAGGGCGCGGCCGCCGGAGCCGUCGUCUGACAUCUACUUUUUUACCAUCAAUAAGUCAUAGCUACGAUAAGAGGUAUAAUAACGUAUUGAUUGUCAAAAUUUUCACUUUCUGCACUAGUUUCAAUUUUUUCGAAGUUCACCAGGAGACACUAUAUUUUUUAACAUGACACGGAAAUAUGGCACAUUAGUGGUUUUGAAGUUGGACACUCAUUUCUACACCAAUUUUGUAUGUAUUCGAUUGUGGUCAGUUCACGUAUUGAGAGCUGCAUGUAGGUUUAUAUGUAGUUGAGUACUUUGUACGUCUACGACAGAUAGCUCCCUUCUCUCUCCGUGUUAGGUUAGACACUAAUAUAGUACGUGAGAUAUGUCCAUAGCUUUAACCGUUCCGAGCGCGCGUGACCGUUGUAUCAACGGUCCCCGCUCGCGUGUACCACCCUGACACUGUCCAUCACCACGCCAUGGGGGCUUCAACACCAUACAGCAUGCGACGUCGACUCGUAUUGCCGUCUCCCUUCCACUCGCUGGUGUUCUCUUAGGAGUGAGCGUGACGUCGCGCGUGUUGCGAGCUCGCAUCGCGCCUAUUCUCAGUUGUGUACGGGUCCUGAGUGUCUUUUGCGAUGAAUUCCUACCACUUGGCAUUCGAUAUGCUCAAUUUGAACCUCAUGUUACUCCUCGGUAAUGUCUACGUACUCUCGUCGGUGUUGAGUUAGUUCCUGCGUGUACGCACGGGUGGCGUGCCUUGCCCGGCGGCGCGAGGCUGCGGCGAUGCCGGCAGUGCACUCACUCACCUUGUAUCCGCCCACAAAUAUUCUCCAUAUACUUAGUGAUAUAACAGAUAGUGGUUCCACUGUAAAAGGGCAACUAAAUUGGGCAUAGCCGUAAAUAGGUAUCGAAGUAUUCAGUAGUAAGUGUCAUUUUAUGUGGAUCGAACAAUACCUAGAGUCGUAGUGAGAGUUAAUCGCAACAGGGUUGGGAGACCUUGGUUUUUACAGGAAAGUAAUAAUAUUAUCCUUAAUGAUAUAAAUAAAGUGAUCGCUCGCCAACAAUAGUGGAGAGGUAGAGGCCUGCGUCUCUUCAGUUGCGUUCCGCUUUUAAUGUCCCGUUGAGAUAGCUUCUGUGGCACAAUUUUAACAUUGAGACUUAGUUAGGAUUUAAUAAAUUAUAAAUAGUAGGGUACCGUUGGCGUAAGAUACAUGAUACAGCGUGGAGCGCGCGCCGCCGCCCCCGCCGCCGCGCCGCGCGCUCCAAGUUCCCUUUUGAUACCGCAUUGUACAAAGUGUAGAUGUCACAGACAUGCUCGGUUUUGUCUCAUGACAACUUUUAGAUUUAACAUCUCACUUUAGAAGGCUUGUUGUAUGAAUGCUCGGGCUUUUAGUAGACAUUUUUUAAACUAAAUUUUAUUCUUAUCUUAAAUUUAAAAUUCAUCUCGAUAAUCUUAUUGAUACCUCGUUUAUAGCUUAUUGGCGAAUUGCACUUUAUUUCGGAAAAUUGGUUUUACAUUCCAUUUUCUGCUGUGUUUUUUACAUUUUGAUUAUUAUUUUUGUGAGACAGUUUUUAGUUUUCUGAUCUCGUUUUGUGGUUUAUUGUUGUUUAUCGUGAUAUUAUGGUGAAGGUUCGAGAGUUCGUUAAGUGCUUUUUAUCCAGUACAGAAUAUGUACUAGAAUGUAAAUAUCUUUUGCAUUUAUAAUAAUAAAUAAUACUUGUACAUGAUAAUGAUAAAAGGGAUGCAUGUACAGACAUGUGUACAAAUGUUGAUAUGCUAUUUGUGUAUGCGUGUUAGAUAUGCCACUGCCAUGCUAAUAAAUUUCACCUUACGUUAAGCUAGUGGUUCCAACAACAUUUUUUUGUAAUCGAGUCAACCACACACAGUGUGGGUGUUUUUAGAUUUUAUUAUUCCAAAUAAUUAGAACAUUCCUUUGAAAUAAUUGUGACAUUUAAGUAACGCACACAAACAGAAUAAAAUAUAAUAAUUGUGAUGCCGGCGGGUCCGAGCAAGUAGGUAUUGUUUGUACUGGUAGUCCCUCGUGUACGCAGUCGCAGCUUGAUGCGAAACCAACUGAAUAGGAGGACAGACAUUCGAAUUUACACUGCAUCGAACAUUUUGCUGGUCAAUCUGGAUAUAACACUUGCAACCGUUGCAUGGCCAAUCCACCAUGUGGCCUACAAGAUCCCGGUUUAGAUAUUUCGAUCUAAUGUUUAUUCGAAUUUCUGCUUUUCGAUUAAGUGUCGCCCGCGGUGGGCGUCUUCGCUAACAACGAAACUGUCUAGUUUUACUUUUAGUAAAAAAAUAAUGAAUCACCCUAGAUUCACAUUGAAGUCACAACUUCAGCACAAUAAUGCAUUUAGUUCGUUCAUCCUAACGUAUUGCAAUGAAUGAGCGCAGAGUUAAGCGUAUUUGCUAAGUUCACUAUAAAAGCACGACUUUUCAAUAUUUGUGAAUGAAUAAAUCUGUAUUCUGAUUGGUUGUUCCGUGACGCACGUAGACGCAGAGGUUGUAAUCACUGAUCAGGGAUAAAUAAUCGUGUUGGAGACAAAUAAUUUGUGUGAAUAUAAUUUAAGAGCAAUUAUUAUUAUAUCAAUAUACGGUUGUACAGUUCAUUACUUCAUUCAAUGGUUAUUUCUCAUUUUUCUUAUAGGAUAUGAAUUAUAACAAAGAGCAUCAGUUGUAAAACCAUAUAAUUGUUGGUUAUUUUCCGUUCACUUCGUAAGAGAAACGACAGGAAACCAGUCACAAUAAAAUGUUUGUAUCAUACAAUACGUGUACAUUAUAAAUAUAUGCAUACAUAUAGAUCCACAAUUAUAAAAGAGAUUAAAUAUUUGCAAAAGUUA